AUGGCUCCCAGCAGCAAAACUGAGGUCAUAUCUCUAGACCAAGAGUUCCUCUGGGAAGUGGCCCAGCUAUUAAGGAAGCCCGAGCUGCCCCCACACACACCCUGUCCCUUGGGGAGGUGGAGAAGUCACGUCAGUCCUGCCUCUCUGCUUCUGGUGUAUAAGAGUCACUGGGGGUCCUGGAGGACCAACUACUCUCUCCUGGGGGCCCGAAGGACCAUGCUGGUGGUUGUCUUCUUCUCACUGGCCCUGCUGGGCGCCACGGAGGCCUGCAAGGGGCACUCGACCUCCUUCACCCAGACUGGCAUCGUAUGUAGGAUCACCAGACCAGCUACCUUGGUGUUGAACCAAGAAACCACAAAAGUGAUUCAGAGAGCAUUCCAGCGGGCCACGUAUCCUGACAUCAAGGGAGAGAGAAUCAUGUUUUUCAUGGGAAAAAUCAACUAUGGCCUACACAACAUCCAGAUCAGCAACCUGUCCAUCUCCAGCAGCCAAGUGGAGCUAAAGAAGGAUAAGAGCAUAGACAUCACAAUUCAGAAUGUAUCUGUGAUCUUCAGAGGGACACUCCAAUAUGGCUACCAUGGAGGAUGGCUGAUCUCUUCAUUGCUGAACAGUGAAAAGGACUGUGCUGCUGAUAUUAAUUCCGGUCUCUGUUCUUUGCACGUGAAACACCUGAUGUCAAGUUACAGAAAGGACCUGGAUGACAUGCUGGAAGGCAGGGAGAAUGAACUUUGUCCAACAUUCAUAUGCAGACUGGGUGUUCUGACUUACAAGAACCAAUCAUCAAUCCUUCCAGACUCCACCUACAACCCCAACCUCCUCGGUGAAUCCCGAAUGCUGUACUUUUGGUUUUCGGAUAAAGUCUUAAGCUCCUUGGCUAAGGCUGCCUUCCUGGACAAGAGACUAAUGUUGACUCUGUCAGGAGAUGAGUUCAAGGCAUUGCUGCAGGACAAAGGCCUGGACACCAACCAAGAUAUCUUGCGAGAGAUUUUUCAGCAUUCUUCCUUCAGUGACUCCCAGGUAGAGAUUCGAAGCUCGACUGCCCCCCAAAUUACCUGCCAACCAGAAGGCACCACAGUCAAGUCUUCUGUCAGUGUGGAGAUCAGACUACUCCACCAGGACCGGGCUCCAACGGUGGCAUUCUCUUUUGAAGAGGACAUUGUGACUGUCAUUCAGGCAUCCUACGAAGACAAGAAACUGAUUCUAGACCUCUCUGAUUUCCAGAUUCACCAUAAGUCCUUCCGUUCUGCCUCUACGUUAUGUACGCAGAGCCAAGAAUCAAUCCAGGAAUUCCUGAAGACCCUCACAGCCAUGGUGGGCAUCCCUGCAGUCAUCUCCUGGCUUGAGCCAAAACUCACCACACUGUUGAACAGUAAAGGCUUGGACCUCUUUGAUAUUAUCAAUCCUGAAAUUAUCACCCAAAAGGGUUACCUGCUUCUCCAGAUGGACUUUGGAUUCCCCCAGCAUCUGCUAGAGGAUUUCCUUCAAACCAUCAUCUAGAAGAAAGCCAAAGAGGGGCCACCUGGCCAGCUGAACCAAAGAGAAAUUGGGGAAGGCUGCCUUUGUCUCUUCACCUUUAAAAUGGGGAUAAUCGUGAACACUUAUCUUACGGCACUUCACCAGAGUGUUGGGAGGAUUGAAUGAGAGCAUGGGUCCACAUUACUUUGUAAAUCUGUCAAAUUGUCAUUAUUCUAAUUAUUCUCAUUAGUAUUUUCAUUGUUUAUCCCCCUUUGCCUGUAAGAAAAAUGAGGCCAAGAAAAUAAGAAAGAACA